AUGCUCAUCAUCGACGAGGCCACCCUUCGCGACGACGAUGCACUACCCGACGACGAUGCACUACCCGACGGCUACGUGGUGCGCGGGGUGCGAUACCCGCGCCCGGUGGCGAGACCCGCGAGCGCGACGAAAGCGGUGGUGGGAGGAGGCGCCUCGCGACAGGAGCGCGAUAUCGAGGACGUGCGCGCCGUCGUCGAGAGGUGCAUCGUCGACACCUCCUCGGAGAUCGACGUCUUCGACGACGACGAUGCACCUUUUAACGACGACGCCUUCGUCGACGACGCCUCCGACAUGGACGUCAGUCCGAUAAAGCGCGCGACUUUCCUCGUGGACCCUCCCCUCCGCCCCUACGAGCCCCCUUGGAGGAGGCGAGCGCCGGUUCUCCACGGUCUCGACGGUCUCGACGGUCUCGACGACGACGACGACGACGACGACGACGACGACCUCGGCACCCUCACGGACCCCGACGCCAUCGCGAAUCUCAUUGACGCCCUCGGCUUCAACAUCGACGACCUCGGCACCCUCGUGGAGUUCGCCCCGGCGAAGACGGCGGACGACGCGAGCGGGGCCCCGACGCGCGUGCUCACGACGCGCGCAGAACUCGACGCCGCCGAGGACGACCCGUCGGACGCUGUGCUCAUCGACGCCAACUUCCGAACCUUCGUCGAGAAGUUCAAGGAGACGAUCGUGGCGUACAACCGCGGAGAUGGACCCGCGCGCGCGCGAGCCGACUUCGAGAGAGACUUCCCCGCCUGCGUGGAAAAGUACAACGAAGGGGUUUUGCGGGAGCGGGCGAAGACGUCGCAGCUGCAGACGGGCGUCGACUACCUCGAGGACCCGGUGACGGGCGGGAGGAGGGACCCGGUGACGCUGAGGCGAUUGAACGAGGAGCGGCGGCGCGUGCGUUUGAGACGCUCGCCGCGAAGGUUCGUUUCCUGGUUCGCCCCGCCGGCUCGGCUUUGUCACUCGUCCGAGGGGUUCGACUGGAAGAGUCACCCGGCGUAUCCCCCGGACCUCCUGAGAGGAGACUGA